CAUAAGAAGAAGAGAGAACACUGAGAAGCUCCACUCUUUAAAUACCUCAUCCCCUUCUCUUCCUUCCAAUCCAUCUCCUUCUCCUUCGUCUCCCAAUGUGAGACCUCCUCCGAUGGCCAAAUGGGCGGGAAUCGAGGCCGCAGUGAUCGCCGCCGGUGGGUUCCGACUAUGGUCUCUCUUCUCUGCCGCAGCGAUCCGCCGGAAGAUCCUCGAGCGGUUGUUGUGCGGCGUGAAAUGCACGAACCGUCGCCCGAUGGCUUCGGAGCCGAUGAAGAAAGUGGGAUCGGGGAGGUUACUGGAGUUGUUGAUGGCCGAGGGUUUGGAGUCUGGCUCCGACGAGCCGGAGUCGGAGGUGAAGAAGAAGGUUCCGAUCUUCGAUGAACUACAGAGCGUGGUUACAAUGCUGCAAGGAGACGAUGAUGGUCGGAGAAAAUCGGCGGCAAUCGACGUCCGUCGACUAGCGAAGGACGAUCCUAAAUCGAGAGAGACACUAGCGAUGCUCGGAUCGAUCUCGCCACUCGUCGGAAUGCUCGAUUCCGACGAUCCCGAAAUCCAGAUCGUCUCCCUCUACGCCCUUCUCAACCUCGGCAUCGGCAAUGACUCGAACAAGGCGGCGAUCGUGAACGCCGGAGCAGUGCAAAAGAUGCUACGAUUGAUAGGAUCUCAAUGCUCCCCGCCGGUCUCCGACGCCAUCGUCGCCAACUUCCUCGGCCUCAGCGCGCUGGACUCAAACAAACCCAUCAUCGGUUCAUCAGGCGCCAUUCCCUUCCUGGUAAGCACCUUCCAAAACCCUAACCCUAACCCUAACCCUAACCCUAACCCCAACCCCAGCUCCACCUCUCGGCAAGACGCUCUCAAAGCCCUCUUCAACCUCUCAAUCGCCCCAUCAAACAUCUCAAACCUCAUCGCCGCCAACCUCGCCCAACACCUCCUCUUCACCAUCGGCGACAUGGAGGUCAGUGACCGAGCUCUCGCCGUGCUCGCCAACCUCCUCUCCACCUCCCAUGGCCGGCGCGCCGUGAGCCGAUCGGGAAACGCGUUUCCCAUCCUCAUCGACGUUCUCUAUUGGUUCGAUUCCCCUGCUUGCCAAGAGAAAGCCGUUUACAUCCUCAUGAUCAUCGCCUACAAGAGAUACACUGAUCGAACGGCCAUGAUUGAAUCUGGGAUAAUCUCAUCACUCCUCGAACUCAGUCUUUUAGGUACCCCACUCGCCGAGAAACGCGCUUCUCGACUACUAGAGAUUCUAACGAUGGAUAAAGGAAAAGCCGUUUCCUAUCAGAUUAAAUCAGAACCGUUGGAUUGGAAACGAAGGGUUAGGAAUGAGGUGAGGAUGAGUGAAGAGAGGAAGGCUUUACGAUGUCUUGUAGAGCAAAGCUUGCAGUGCAACAUGCGGCGGAUCGUGCGCCGCGCGAACCUUCCCGGCCAUUCUGCGCCGUCCGAUCGUUUUCCCACGAUGGCUCCGACCUCAUCGUCGUCGUCCAAAAGCUUGCCGUUCUGAACGACGAGGGUAAGUUGGGCAAAAGGGCCUAUUCUAGGAAUUUAGUACUUUGAUUCCUAGGCGCCAGGUAAAUGACAAAAUGGCAGUAGCUGGAUCAUUUUGGGAGCACUUGUCUUUCUUUUUAGUGUGCAUUCGGACCGAGCCAGUUCAGAAUCUUCAGAUACUGUGACUUCUUGAACCUGGUAAUUAUGGGAAUGUGAAUAUUAAUGCAAUCAAUUUAAUCAAUUAAUAGCAUUAGUCAGAGGUUUAAUUCCCAUGAACUGAAUUGCACUCCCAAUAAUUUGAAGGUUUUGGAUUUGUUAUCUCUAGAAAUUUGUCGUAAUAAUUCAUUGAAUAAAGUUGUUGUCCUGGUUGAUUUUUU